AUGAAGGAUAAUCAAAUUGCACCUUGCGAUCCAUUCAACCCGCCAAAUGCUCCCUGCCCCAACGGCUACUCCUGUCAAUGGUCACUCUCAAAUCAACGUUAUCAGUGCUGUGGAGCGACACCUUUAACCACUCCGAAAUCCAUCGCUGCUCUUGGUUGUCCAAAUAACCAAGUCGCUUUUCGGGAUGUUGCCACCAAUGCUCCACGAAUUUGCACCGCAGCUUCUCAGAACUGUCCCAUAGGGUACUUCUGUCAAUUCUCGACGGCUAACAAUCAGUUCCAAUGCUGUGGGAUGUCCGGCGGUUGCCCCAACGAUUCAGUCGCUUUCAUUGGCAUUACUGGAGAACCUCAGAGUUGCGCUAUUGGACAGAGCACGUGUCCAAAGGGAUACUCUUGCCAAAGAAGUAUUACUGGAUCGCAACUUUGUUGCACUACAAAUGAGCCCACUUGUACUGAGAAGCAGAUCGCUGUCGAUGGUAUUUGCUUGAACCGAGUCUCCUUUGGCGAAUCCUGCACUAACCAGGUCCAAUGCCCAACUAGCACAAUCUGUAAAGAAGGCAAAUGCGCUUGCGGCGACGGCCAACACUUUGUGAAAGGUAUUUGUCAAGCAGGAUGUGGCGAUAAGGAAGUUGACGUGAAAGGCACCUGCCUACCCAAAGUUGAGAUUGGCGAAGUCUGUGAGGCUGACGAGCAAUGUCAGGGUGGUUCCAGCUGCGAUGGAGGUCACUGCGAAUGUCCCGACGGCGAGGAAAAGGUCGAUGAUGUCUGUGUCAUGAAGAUGAGCUCUCGUAAGGUCACCACAUGCCCCAUAGCUGGGCAGACACCUUAUAUCGACAAAUUAACAAAUAAUGUGCGUUUCUGUCAACCAAGCAAGAGCACCUGCCCCCGAGGGUUCACAUGUCAGUUCUCAGAAACGGCUCAGCAGACUAUUUGCUGUGGAGGAGGUGAUGUCCCGCGAUUCUCUAAGAUCACUGAACCAACUGGGCCUGACCCUGAUAUCGACAUUGAUGAGCCCACUACUCAUGCGCCCACCACUACAAGUUCAAAACCAGAAGUCUGCGAGAAAGGCUCA